UGGGAAAUGACCUGGAAUACUCCUCAGGGUUGGAUAGCCAGCAGGUCCAGGCAGCUGCAUGGAUCCCAGGCCACUGCAUUCAUAGCAAAACUCCACAGUCCGGCGCCUGUACCUGCUAUCAUGGUCCUGUGGAGAGGGCUACUUCUGCUGCUGGCUCUUGGCCUGGGCCUGGUGGGGGCCCAGAAGACUCUAGAAGAAGUGCCAGUACAGCUAGACUUUGAUGCACAGAAGGUGGAGGGACGCUGGCUGACCAUGCAGCUGGCUGCCAGCCAAGCAGGCCUGAUAUCCCCAGGGGACCCCCUGAAGCUGGCUCUCCAUUCCAUCUGGACCCGAGGCCGAAAUCUGGAGUUCAUCUUGUUCUGGAUAGGAGAGGGGGUAUGCUCCAAAGUGAACCUCACACUCCAGCCUACCCAGAUCCAAGGCCAGUACCAAGGCCCCGUGGAGGGGGACAGCAGUGUGCACGUGCGCUUUGUCAGCACCGACUACAACAGCCUCAUCCUCUACAUCCGCUUCAAGGAGAGUGGCGAGCUCACCAGCCUGUGGGCACUGCUGGCGAGAAGAAUGCAGGAGGACCCCAGAUGGCUGAAGGAAUACCUAGGGUAUGUCCAGAAAUUCCAGUUGCAGAAGGCCCCAGUCUUCAAUCUCGAUGCUCACUGUCCCCCACCUGAAGCUUAGGGACUACCCCAAGACUGUCUGCCUAUCACCCUCACCAAAUAUCCCUCCCAUCCUCUAGUCACCCAGGAACCUUCUGAGCUCCUCUGCCACCUGCUAAGCCCCUCCAGCUUGGAACCCUGCCCUCUCAGACUGAGAAUGACAGGUCCUGCCAGCCACAAGCCCCACAGCCUGGCCUGAGGACUGGCGAGAACUCAGCAGGAGGGGGGCAGGCUGUGGAAUUGUGGGGGGCUAUGUAGCCACCCCAAGCCUUAGGGAGCUGGCCAUGCAGGGGUGUGGCCUGUGCCCAUCUGGACUCCUCUCUGCUCCCCAAGAACCAAAGCAGCUUGUCCUAUCCAGGUUAGGGGGCACUGAAUAGCUGCAACCCAGCCCUGUGCCCCAGAAGAGACAAGUAAACACAGGAUGAGGAAGGUGCCACCCUUCCCUGAGAGUCAAGGACCUGCUGGGGCAGUCAGAGGUCCAUCUCUGCAGAAACUGGGUCACCCACUGGCAAGGCUGAUUCCCAGAAAAUGGAGUCAGAGCCUUCCUUGGCUCUGCAAAUGCCAGAGACAGGAAUGACUGGGUCCUGUCCCCAGGAAUAUACCCUGGCAAGGCAGGGUCUCAUGAGCCUCAGCAAGGCAACUCCAUGGGCCCAGCAGGAUGUCAAGGGCAGAGUGAAUCAAGCCUGAGAAGCUCUCUUAAAGGCAGCUGUGACAAGGACUAAGAGCACAGCGCUGUCAGGGACCAAGCAAACCCAGUAAGGAAGGCAGAGUGGCCUGUGUAACUACAGGACAAGCUUGCCCACUUCACAAGAAACCUCUGGAACUCAUACGGGAUUUUUGUCUUCAAAUUCUGGCUUUGGGAGGAUGGAAAAGUGAAAAGGACUUUGACACAGGAUCUUCCCGCAUGGUCUUUUGUUGUUGCUGGGGUUUCAUCACUCUGGGUUGACUGGAGUUUCAGAUAAAGAAACAGAGGCAGAAAUAGACAUCACAGCACUUAAAUUUCCUCCAGUAUGUGGUGUCUGAGUUCAAAUCUGGGUCAUGAACAUGGCAAAGCAGGAGUGCUACUCAGAGGAGCUGUCUUACCAGCCUUUCCCACACAGUCUACAAUGUCAUGGCCAAGUAACAAUUCUCCUAAACAUGCCAAACAAUUCAUUCAGUGUUCUAGUGGGCUAUUUUUUCUAAAUUGUGAACCAGAAAUCUAUAAUCACACAAAGGAACAAAAGAUCUGAAACAUCUUACAGAAAAGAUGAAUAUAAAUUGAUCUGUGAUUCUAAAACAGUCUAUCUGAAAUUGAAAAGUUGAGAAUUAUGUCUCCAGGGGAACUGGGUAGGGGCAUACCCAGUAGAGUAGUCAAGGACCUAGCUUGAGGACUCAGGUUAGAUCACAAGUGGUGGAGCAGCACUGCAGGUGUCUGUCUUUCUCCCUUCUUCCCCCACCCCUAUUUUUCUCCAUUUCUAUAAGAAAAAAGGAAAGAGAAAGGGAAGAAAAUGGUCUUCAAGAGUGGUGAAGUCAUUGUGUAUGUCAAUAAGCUGGGUGCCAAAAACAGUGAAUUAGUUAUUUAAAAAUUGUGUGGCUCCAGGUCCUGAACAUAUUAGCAGAAGAGGAACCACUAGGGGGUUGAAUUAUCCUGUGGAAAACUGAGAAAUGUUACACAUAUACAAACUACUGUAUCUUACUGUUGUCUGUAAACCAUUAAUUCCCCAAUAAAGAAAAAAAAAUUGUGUGGCUUACAAGUAGGG